AUAAUCAAGCCAUGGGUCGUGAAAGUAUGAGAGUGCUGGAUGCACUCGAUUCUGCAAAGACCCAAUUGUACCAUUUCAAGGCAAUUGUAAUCACCGGAAUGGGAUUCUUCACGGAUGCAUAUGAUCUCUUCUGCAUAACCACCGUCUCAAAGUUACUUGGCCGCAUAUACUACACAAAAAAUGGCGAAAUACCAGGGUCUUUGCCUCCCAACGUGGCAGACGCUGUUAAUGGAGUUGCGUUUUGCGGCACUUUUGCUGGGCAGAUAUUCUUCGGUUGGCUUGGUGACAAAUUGGGCCGCAAGAAGGUCUAUGGUUUAACCCUCAUUCUCAUGGUAGUAAGCUCCAUUGGCUCGGGGCUCUCCUUUGGGCACACACGAAACGGUAUAAUUACCACGCUUUGUUUCUUUCGGUUCUGGCUUGGCUUUGGCAUUGGCGGAGACUAUCCUCUGUCGGCUACAAUCAUGUCUGAAUAUGCAAACAAAAGAACUCGUGGGGCAUUUAUCGCUGCGGUUUUUGCCAUGCAAGGCUUCGGAAUUUUAGCUGGUGGGAUUGUUGCUUUAAUUGUUUCAAGCGCUUUCAAUAACAAGUACAAGCCUCCCCCAUUCGAUGUUGAUCCAGUAGCCUCCCUGCCAGACCAAGCCGAUUACAUUUGGCGCAUUGUCCUGAUGAUUGGAGCCAUCCCGGCUGCCCUUACUUUCUAUUGGCGUAUGAAAAUGCCGGAGACAGCUCGUUUUACGGCCCUAGUAGCCAAGAAUGAAAGGCAGGCAGCGGCAGACAUGUCUAGUGUAUUACAGGUGGAGCUCGAAGUAGAAAAAGAAAAGGUAGAUAAGAUUACUAAGAAACCCUAUGGCUUAUUCUCUAAAGAAUUUGCGAGACGCCAUGGACUUCACCUGGUUGGAACAGCCACUUGUUGGUUCUUGUUGGACAUUGCCUACUAUAGUCAAAACUUAUUCCAAAAGGAUAUCUUCACUGCCGUUGGAUGGCUUCCAUCGCCACCAAAAAUGGGCGCCAUUGAAGAGGUUUACAAGAUUGCAAAGGCACAAACACUUAUAGCUUUGUGCGGUCUUGUGCCAGGGUAUUGGUUUACUGUGGCCUUCAUUGAUCGUUGGGGACGGUUUGUAAUCCAAUUGAUGGGUUUCUUCUUCAUGUCCGUCUUCAUGUUUGCGCUUGCUAUCCCUUACGAUCACUGGAAACUUAAGGGCAACCAUAUCGGGUUUAUCUUGUUGUACGCCCUCACCUUUUUCUUUGCUAACUUUGGACCCAAUUCCACCACAUUUAUUGUGCCUGCAGAAAUUUUCCCUGCAAGGUUGAGGGCUACUUGUCACGGAAUAUCAGCCGCCUCCGGGAAGGCUGGAGCUAUUGUUGGUGCAUUUGGGUUCUUGUAUGCUGCUCAAAACACAAACCCACAUCUCACAGAUGCAGGGUACGCGCCUGGUAUUGGAGUGAAGAAUACACUCAUUGUGCUCGGUGGGAUCAAUACGUUGGGUGUGUUUUUUACCUUAUUGGUGCCCGAGUCCAAGGGAAAAUCGCUGGAGGAGUUGACAGGGGAGAACGAGGAGGAGGAGGAAACAGGAGAGGCUAGUCCCGCGUGAUUAUAACGAUUUGAUUUCACGCAUAAAGUGCUGUCUCAGUUCAUAUCAAUUCACUUUCAACCUUGCUUGCAGAUGCAUUAAUAUAUAUAUGGGUGGACUUGGGUUAAUUUGGUCGGUUAAUAUUCAUAUACUUAAGACGUGUAUGUAUCUAAUAAGGCAAUUGUGGUGGCCAUUUCUGUAGUGUCUUAUAAAGCUUUCGGGCUUUUAUGAGUUGCAUUCAGGUUCUACUCUUCAUGUUCUUCCAAUAUACCCUUCUGCGAAGCUAGUCAAGUACUGGGCAACAAAAAUGUUGGGAGAUGUAACAUUAAUUUAGGAAUAUGAAUAAGCUAUAUCAUGUUAGGACGUUA